AACGGUCACACCUUCUUUCUUCGUCGACAACGUUGCGCAGAGCACGGCAUCUGAUUGUUAAACGCGAAUUUACCCCACAAAAACGCAUUUAAAAUGGCUUUCGGUGAUGUGAAGACCCCCGCUGGACUCAAGGAGUUGAACAACUUCCUGGCCGACAACAGCUACAUCAGCGGAUACACUCCCAGCAAGGCCGAUCUGUCGGUGUUCGAUGCUCUGGGCAAGGCCCCGGCCGGUGACUACGUGAACGUGGCUCGCUGGUACCGUCACAUUGCCUCCUUCGAGGCCGCAGAGCGUGCCGCAUGGACUGGCACUCCUCUGCCCCAGCUGGCUGGAGCUAAGCCCACCGUGGCCGCUCCCGCCAAGCCGGCUGCCGACGAUGACGACGAUGUGGAUCUAUUCGGAUCCGACGACGAGGAGGAUGAGGAGGCUGAGCGCAUCAAGCAGGAGCGCGUCGCCGCCUAUGCCGCCAAGAAGUCCAAGAAGCCCGCCCUCAUUGCCAAGUCCUCCGUGCUCCUGGACGUCAAGCCCUGGGAUGAUGAGACCGACAUGAAGGAGAUGGAGGUGAAUGUGCGCACCAUUGAGAUGGACGGUCUGCUGUGGGGAGCCUCCAAGCUGGUGCCCGUGGGCUAUGGCAUCAACAAGCUGCAGAUCAUGUGCGUCAUUGAGGACGAUAAGGUGUCCAUUGAUUUGCUGCAGGAGAAGAUUGAGGAGUUCGAGGACUUUGUCCAGUCUGUCGACAUUGCUGCCUUCAACAAGAUCUAAACCUGAGAUUCUUGAUACUCUUAUAUUUUGAAUAAAUCGAGCAAAGUAAAGCAACUAA